UUGCGAAACUGGCAACCCAGUCAGGGCGAAAUCGGAAUGAGCGAAUCCUUGACAGAUCCGAAGAAUGACAUCAGGAACGUCAGGUGGAGAUUUAGGCAAACAGUACCUAGAUGAAUCGAUGCGAUGACGUGGUGAUUUCUAGUGCUUCGUACAGAAUUUGUAUUCGAUGAAAAUUGCUGAAUUUGUAUUUGAUAUUUGCUGAUAAUUUUGAUAUGUGCUCUGGAAUAGUGGCAGGUCAAUAGCUACCACAUAUCACCUUCUGAAAUCUAACCUACAACUUUGGGUACAUAGGAGUGUUUUUUGAGAAUUUAUAGUUGUCCAGCCAAUUUUAUAAGUAAGAAUUAUACCCCUUCCGUCCUAAAUUCUUUUGCAAUAGUUAACUCAAUUAUUCAUCCAUAGUUCGUAUAGGCGAAGACAGCGACAUUGUUGGGAAUACGGUUUGAUUUUGAUAUACGCACUGAAAUUGUAAGUGAGCACUUUACCCAUAGUUUAAACCCCACUCAUUAAUAAAAUUUAUGUUUUAGCUUGUAGCUAAUGCUAACGAGAUUCAGCGUUCCAAUCAAUUAUUCCGCAACAAUUCCUACAAGAAUUUCAUCAUGAGCCGAGCGGGCGACAUUGAUGAAACCAUCAGCCACGUAGAAAGCCUGGGAUCAGCCUCUACCACUGCUAGCCGUAGAGCCAGGCUGCAGAUACAGUUACAGCGGCUCGACGAGGAGCAAGCCAUUCAAAAAAAGAAGGCAGCACUCGAGGUCGAAGCGGAGUUCACCAGGAAGAAGUACGAGGCCCUGGAGGCUUCCAUAGCGGAUGAUUCGGUGAGCGUGCGGAGCCGGAUCAGCAAAGGGAAGUCUGACAAACAGGUACGUGAUUGGGUGGAAAAACUUAACGUUCCGAUUGGUGACGGCAAUCGAGUUGCCGGCGAUGACGACGGAGAGCUAGAAGGCGCGGUCGGUGGGGUAAUGGAGAAAUUGGAUCCCGAGAAGGAUCAAGUAAAGUUCAACCCCGCACUUCCAGCUGCAGCGAAGCCAGUGGACAUCGAGAGAUCGAAAGAAAGCGAUCACCCAAGAAAAGGAAAACCAUCGACACCCGAAGACGUGGAGUAUCUACGACGAAUGCUGGAGCAGUACAAGACACUGUACCUAGCAGAGAAGGAGAAAAACCGGCAGCAGCCAUCGGUGCCGGAAAUUGGUGGCAGCAAAGGGGCAUACCCGAAAAUGAAGCCCGCCGAGAAUUCACAUGAUCGGCCCACAUCCUCAACUCCGAAGCUGAUUGGUGAAAGGCAGGAUGACCCUGAGAAACUGCACAAGCUGAUGUCGCAUUCAGCAACCGACGGAUUGGGAGAAGGUGUCCAGAACAACAUAAGACCGACUGCAGAUGACGAAUUUGGGUUACGCCAAGGCAUCUUUCGAAGGAGCAACGUUUCGGCCAUUGGCAACGCGCCAUUUGCCACUGGAAUCCAGCGACCAAGAAGCCCAAAUGACACGGUACAUCAAGGGGCACCUAUUGGGAGUGUUGACCAUCCAGCCGUACUUCAGAUGCGGCCGGAGCCCGCCAUCUUCCCCGUAGCAGUCGGCCCCACGCCUCAACAGCUUGCCGCUCGUCAAAUUCUACCUCGAGAUCUACCAAGCUUCUCCGGAAACCCGGCGGAUUGGCCUGUAUUCAUCAGCCAAUACACGUAUACGACCGAAGCGUGCGGCUAUAGUGACGGCGAGAAUAUGAUUCGCUUGCAGCGCUGCCUGAAGGGUGCAGCCUGGGAGGCUACAAGAAGCCGCCUGAUUCUCCCCGCAUCUGUACCCCACGUCAUUGAGUCGCUUCGUAUGCGCUAUGGGCGGUCCGAGCUGCUGAUUGAGUCGCUGAUCGAGAGGGUCAGGAGCACACCAAGUCCCAAAGCGGACAAGCUGGACACCAUCAUCGAGUUCGGAACGAAAAUUCAAACCUUGUGUGAUCAUAUCACAGCUGCGAACCUUUUGGAUCACCUCGGCAACCCGACCUUACUGAAGGAUCUGGUUGAGAAGCUGCCGGCGGAGUAUAAAAUGCGAUGGGCGACGUACCGGAGGAAUCGAGCGCUGGUGAAUCUCCAAACGUUCGGCGAGUAUAUGGAGGAAGUCGUCGCUGAUGCGUGCAGCGUAUCAUCGUACGGAGGAAGUGAGAGCGAAAGAUUCGCAAAGCGUGAAAAAGGAAGGGCACCCGACCGAACUCUUCUUCAUUCCGACACCGGGGGAAACAGUAACACGUUAGCGAAAAGUUACAGCAACCGGCACAUAGAAUGUGCCGCAACAACUUCGAAUGUGCGAUUUGCAAGAAGACCGGACAUCGUGUGAGGGAUUGUAUGACAUUCAAGGCACUAGCAAUCGACGAACGUUGGAAAAGGGUUCAAAGUCUCGGAUUAUGCCGAACUUGCUUGUACAACCAUGCCAGACGAUCGUGUCGUAUCACCAAUAGAUGUGGGGUGAACGGUUGUCUAACUCGUCACCAUCCCCUCCUACAUUCCACCCCAAAAGAUACAACGACUUCCAACGUGCCGGCACCACUGGACCACCAUUUCCAUAACCGAGACCUUCCAUCCUUGUUGUUCCGUAUAAUUCCUGUCGUUUUGUACAGCGGAGCGAACAAAGUAGCUACGUACGCUUUUCUGGAUGAAGGGUCCAAUAUUUCGAUGAUCGAACGGCAGUUAGCAGCGACGUUGAAGGUAACUGGCUACCGGCAUCCGUUGUGCCUUAAAUGGACUGGUAACGUGACGAGGGAAGAGAGUGAUUCGCAGCGGAUUACGAUAGAGAUUUCGGGCACCAAUCAACGAGCACCGAGGUAUAUUAUGACCGAUGUUGGAACCGUGGACUCCCUCGACUUGCCCAGGCAAAGUUUGCCGAUCGAGAAGCUAGCCGAAAGGUUCGGGAAUCUGCGAGGUCUGCCUAUUCAGGGGUAUCACAGUGUUACACCUCAGUUGUUGAUUGGAGUCGAUAACCUUAAACUGGCAGUCCCACUCAAGGUAAGAGAAGGCAACGUGGGCGGCCCGGUUGCCGUGAAAACAAGGCUUGGA